AGCUCGCGUUCUUAUUGGACGAAAAUAUUCGAAUAAAGGACGCGAAUCCUGGCGAGCAACGGCCAGGUGGGAGCAAAGAGCCGCUACCAUGCUCAAGUCGCUCAAGCCGGACACGUACGCCGGAAUGGCGAACGCCAAGUGCGGCGAGAUCUACUUCCAGAGCCUGCACAGCUUUCGCAUCGACUGUGCGUUCUGUGAGAUGAAGAGCUUUGUCUUCGGGGACUUUUUGCUCCACGUCCAGAAUGUCCACUUCGAGAACGGGCUGCUAAAGACGGAGGCGGCCCUGGACGCCGGAGGAGCGGACCUCAAGCAGGAGCGGGAUCGAGAUAGGGAGCAAAACUCGCCGGUGCCCAUUGUGGCGCAGGUGAAUCCCUUUGCCUGGUACGAGAUUGGCGGCGACCACGACGAGGACAGCGACGACGAGGAUGGGCGGGGCUCUCUGGGGCAGGAGCAGGACGAGGAGGAGGAGCGGCCGACCAGGCAGACAAUCAUCAAGUGGCAAGUGGACCAUCAUCAUACUGCACCCGCAGCCAGCGAAUCUCUGCGUCAAGUGAGAGCCCUCAAGGUGGACUACAAGGAGGAGGACUCCGAGCAGGAGGAGUGCGCCAUUAAACUGGAUCCGGACAGCGAAAGCAGGCAGUCGGCGAAGACGCCCCACUUCUGUCCGCACUGCACGAAGGUCUACCAGAGCCGCAAAGUCCUAGAGCGCCAUAUAGUGCGUCAGCACAAGGAUGCCGCCUCUCCAGAGGCGGACAGCGAGGAUGCCGACUACGAGCCUCCCAAGGAGGCGCCCGCCAAGUCAUCCUCCACCGCCCAGGAGCACAAAUGCGAGCAUUGCGGCAAGAUCUACCAUGGGAAAUACAGCCUGAGGCAGCAUUUAAAGCGGGACCACGACAAUGGCGAGGAGGGAGGUGGAGGCUCCACCACCUUUACCUGCCUGGAGUGCGAGGCCCAAUUGCCUCGCCUCCGCCUGCUGGACGAGCACAUGGUGCAGGCCCAUGGCGGCGCUGCCUGCGAGGUCUGCGGUCGGCGCUACAAAACCCGCCACGAGCUGAAGCGCCACCAGCUAAAGCACACCAGCGAACGCAACGUUCCCUGCCCGCAUCCUGGCUGCGGCAAGCGCUUCUUCACCGUCCGCCACAUGCGCAACCACGGCAAGGUGCACACGGAGCAGAAGAACUUUGUGUGCGAGAGCUGCGGCUACAGCUGCCGGAACAAGGAGACGCUGCGCGUCCACAUCAGGAGCCACACGGGCGAGCGGCCAUUCGGCUGCCAGGUGUGCGACAAGCGAUUCCCCUCCCACUCCGGCCUGCGGGAGCACAUGGCCAUGCAUUCCACGGAGCGGCCGCAUGUGUGCAGCGUUUGCGGUGCGACCUUUUCGCGGCAAAAGGGCCUCUAUCAUCACAAGUUCCUCCACGCGGACACCAAGCAGUUCGUCUGCAAGCUCUGCGGGAAUGCCUAUGCCCAGGCGGCGGGACUCGCUGGACAUAUGCGCAAGCACCGGAACGACGAGCUCAACGGUUAGGAUCGUGAGGAUCCUAGGGACAAAUGUAGGCUACAUCUUUGUAUCUUCCAAUCGUGACGUUUUAGGUUUAGGAACUCAGGCAUAGGCUAUAGUAGACAGCUAUAUUUUUAAUGGUUCAUUUUUUUUGUAUUGUUUCGGUUUUCAUUCCAUGGAUUUUCAUCGAAUUUAUUUGUAAAUAACUGGUACACUUCCUCUAGAGUUAGAUAAACUAUGGCUGUUUUCUCGUCCGCAUGUUAAACUUAAAAUAAGCUUUAAAACAGUUUAAAAACUACUUUGAGUUUAACAUGCUAAAAGAUAAAACGGUCCUGAAAGUUGUAAAAUGCAUUCAAACGAGUUGAAAUUUAGAAAUAGCGAAUUUGAUUGACAUAAUGUAAAUAUUAAGAUGGCAUUGAAAGCUAAGAAUCCUAGCCUUUGGUUAAAUUUAGUAUAACUAAAAGGAUUUUUGUUGAAAACUAAACUUUGUUAAAGUUAAAAAUAUACACGUACAUAUAGUGUAAGCCCA